AUGAAGCUCGUCUGGAGCGGCGCAGCAGCAGCGCUGCUGUCAACAUGCAUCUGCACAGCCGAGGUCGCCAACGAGCAACGACCGCUCCAACAGCUCCCAACUUCAAACGGCUUAGACCAUGACAGCUUGUCUGAUGUGAUAGCCUCAUCGCCUCUGCUGUCACUGCACAGAGCAAUUUGCGAGGUCGAGUCCAUCACCGACGACGAGCUGUCUGUGGGCAAGCUGGUCAUCUCGAUCCUCGAAGCACACAACUUCACCGUUGAGACACAGAGCGUGCCCCCGCCAGGCGCGACAAAUGAGACCCAAGAGCGCCUCAACAUCUACGCAUAUCCGGACAUCUCGAAAUACGGAGGCGCUCUUCUGUCAGGCAGCUCUGCGAAGCCAUCAAAGCCCAAGGUGCUGCUGAGUUCGCAUAUCGACACGGUGCCGCCUCACAUUCCAUACUCACUAUCCCUGCCCGGCAAAAAUAAACAUGAUAUUGUUGGGAGCAGCAUCAGCUCAACUAGUCGCAAAGACAUCUUAAUUUCCGGCCGCGGCACGGUUGACGACAAAGCAUGUGUAGCGGUCCAGAUCCAGACGGCCCUGGACUUGCUCGCCGCCGCCAGUGCCACCGACAUCGAUACCGACACCAGCAGCAGCAGGACCAGUCCGUCUGACCUGGCGCUGCUGUUCGUCGUGGGCGAAGAGAAGCGCGGCGACGGAAUGAAACACUUUUCCGCAUCAGACUUGUACAAAAGCACCAGCGCAGACUACAAGGCGGUUUUGUUCGGCGAACCUACAGAAGGCAAACUCGCCGCAGGGCACAAGGGCAUCAUGAUGGUCUCAAUCAAGGCUCACGGCAAGGCCGCGCACUCCGGAUAUCCCUGGCUCGGACGCAGCGCGAACAGCAUGAUCCUCCCGGCAUUGAAUGUGCUAGAUAAGCUGGGCGAUCUCCCCGAAGAGGAGGGCGGCUUGCCACGCAGCGAGAAAUACGGAAAAAGCACGGUCAAUGUCGGCCUCAUGCAGGGCGGCGUGGCUGGAAAUGUCGUCCCUGAGUACGCCAUGGCCGAUGUCACGUUCAGACUUGCCGGAGGCACGGUUGAGCAGGUGCAGAAGAUCGUCACGGACGCCAUUCGAGCUGUUGACCCAGAUGAGUUGCUGGAGUUGGAAUUCAGUCAAGGAUAUGGUCCGGUGCCUUUGGAUGCCGAUGUCGAUGGCUUUGGCACCAUCACUGUCAAUUAUGGCACUGAUGUGCCAAAUCUUGAGCUUGCGGAAGGGGUGAAAAAGUACUUGUACGGGCCGGGAAGCAUUCUCGUGGCGCAUGGCAAGAAUGAGGGAUUGACGGUGGGAGAACUGGAAGAGGCUUUGGAAGGAUAUAAGAAGCUGGUCAAGCAUUCCUUGCAGGCGUAG